UCCUACUUCGUCAGAAAAAGCGACAGCUUACACAUUGGGAACUGCUAAUGGAGUCAGAUGGUAGUGAAGAAAUACAAUGGCAAACAGUCGAACAGCGGAAGUGUGGUGGGAAGAACUUGUAUUACAAAAUGUACUGCGUUAAAAUGGAGCAGUUCCCAGCAGACAUUCACAGGUUUUGUGACCCUGAGUUGCAACAUGGGCGAAGACGAGAGUUGGUUUAUCUACUGAGGAAUGUGGAUGAAUUGAGUUGCCAAAAGCUGCAAAUAUUAUUUUCUUUUUCUGUUCCAAAUAUAGAAGCAAUUAGGUUCAUUGUAGAUUUAAAUCAGCCUAUAGUUUCAGCUGGUGCUGGAACCGGAUACUGGGAGUAUCUGCUUCAGAGCCAAGGAGUAGAUCUGAUAUCAUUUGACACAAAUACUAUUUAUCCGCCUGAAAUGCGAUAUUCAGAGAUUUUGACCAGUGGCCCUGAAAUGCUUGAGCAGUUUCCUGACAGAGUGCUUUUUCUGGCCUGGCCGGACAUAGACGAGUCUUCAACAUUUUCUCUUGAUUGCUUAAGCUAUUUCAGAGGAGAUAUCAUCCUUCAUGUUGGGGAGUUACUGGGUGAAACACUGUCAGCCAAUCACUGGGGACAGUCAACGUCUCGCAACUUCCAGCUGGCACUUGCAGAAGAUUUCUGCUGCCUGAGCAGAGUUAAACUCCCAAACUGGCCAGGCCACUUAGACUCCUUAACCAUGUGGAAAAGAAAGAAUCCUCAAUCAGUUGUGUGUGAUGGAGCAAAUUUUCAUUAUGUCAAUCCUAAGUACAGAAUGUAUUUAUAAUGAUUAGAUAAUAUUGACCAUAAGUCAGUGACGGGUGUAUUUCAUUUAAAUGUUGUCAGUUUACGUUAAAGCAGCUGGAUAUAUAAGUUUUUUUAAAGUCUUGCUGAAAAGCAAAAUGUAAAUUGAAGUUGGAAAGCUAAAAUGCUUGUGGUACUGAGAACACAUCUACUCAUGGUUGAUGUGCUGUGCGCCUCACAAUCAAUUGCCCUUCUGUGGUUCAUUUCCCAGAGCCCACCAAUUUGUUAUGGUUGUCUGAUUUCAUAAUCUGAAAGUCUGAUGAGUCUCUCCUGCUGACCAGAUUUCAAACUUUAAAACAAGUGAUUCCACAGGGAUUACUUGAGACAAAGAGAUGGAAGCAUUUUUGUAACUUUUAUUUGAGUAUUUCAACAGCCCAAGUUAUUGUGAUGAGAUGUUAAACCAGUUACAGUACACAGAUUGUUGUUCUACGAUAGAAUGUAGUACAAGUAUACCCAUAGAUUUCCUUUGCAGGCCCUCCCACUGUGCUCUUUUGAUGUGUUGCUUUACUCCUGAAUGCGACGGAGUGACUGAAUCUGGAAAGUCUGAGCAUGGGAUCCCCACUCUCUCCAAUGCUUGUACUCUCCAGCAUGGCGAUCACAUUCCAUGAUGUACUGGAAGCCACGGUAGCCUGGGUACUGGUAGCACACCCAUCUGGGGCAGAAAAACAGCAUUCUUUACUUAAGUGAACUUCAAAUUUACGUUAAAUCGCCUUAAACGUGAACCAGUGCAUAUAGUUGCAGAUGCAAUUACGUGUGAGAUCAUGUAAGACUGGAUGACGAGAGUUCCGUGACUACGGAAGGAACAGCUCAAACAACCCUCUUUGGUUAUUUUUCAACUAGCUAAAAUUGAUCAACCAAGUUAUUUUCUUCAGGCCUAAGGUAAAACGUUAUUUUAGAUAUAACAAACCCGACAAGAUCUUCAAGUUGCUAAGGUGUACAAGAUUGUACUGAAUCCAGUGAAGUAUUCCUCCUUAAGUUCCAAUAAACAAUCUUUACUGAAAACACUGUACAUGAAUAGGAAGGGAAAUAGGAUUAAAUUAAUUUAGGAUAUCUGGUUGGCAUGGACAAGUUGGACCAAAGGGUCUGUUUCUGUGUUGUACGACGAAAUGACACUACUCACGCGCCAGCUUGAACCUUCAUGGAUCCAACUUCAUUGUUGCACCAUCCCAUGGCUUGCAAAGAGGGGUAGUCAUCACACAUCUCCCACUGUCUUCCAAUGAAGUUUUCCUUCU